AUGGUACCCUUAUUUUUGCGCUACCACCAAAAUUGGGCAAAUUAUAAAGUGCUAACAAACAUGUGGUCAAGAAAUGUGGUCAAGAAAAAAACAUGUGGUCAAAAAUGCGCGGGUAGCGGUAGAUAUCAAGAUAUCCGCACCAAAUUUCAUUUUCCAGAUAUGUACAACACGGUGUUAAAUUAUGUCGCAUCUUGUACCGUUUGUUCUUGUACCAAAAGUAAUUCUCACGCUCCUGCCGGUUUACUCCAAGCCAGCCAUCCGGUUGCCGGUCGCUGGACUGAUAUUGCGACAGAUAUUGUUAGUGGUUUCCCUACGGUCACUCGUGAAAACGCUACAGUUAAUGCAAUUUUCACUAUAGUGGAUAUGUUUACCAAUAGAGUACAUUUAUACCCAAUUUCAAGUUCCUUUUCGGCUGAACAUUUUGUUACCUUGUUUAUGACCAAAUACUUUCCAUAUCACGGGUUACCACAGUCCAUUACUGCGGACCGUGGGCCCCAGUUUGGAAGUGAUUUUUUUUCAAUCGGUGUUCAAAGGUCUUAA